UAACCGUUCGCGAAUAAAAUGCGAUCGAAAUGUACGCAUAUUGAACUAAGACUGAUCUAAAAUUAUAUGUAAAAUGUUAUUUUAAACGACAUCAGUUUCCGUGGACGAGUUGAGCGGUGUCACGUUGUAUAAUGUGAUCAAUUAAAAUGUAUCGUGCAAAUCAAAAUGGUCAACCUCAAAGGGUAAAUGCUGAGCCACUUCAUCAAAAUCUAGCUAAUGGAAGGCAACCUGCCCCUAUGAAUAUUCCAAUGACAGUCUCAGAGCAAUUUAGAGAAUCAUGGCUCACUGCUAUCAUCGGGCUCAUUAUGUUCGCAACUGGCAUGUGCCUUUUAUUUUGGAACGAGGGAAGAGCAGUGAAGGUGGCACAUUCGUUAGAUGAAGCUUUACAUAAUGUAGCAGUGCUUUCAAAUUCAAUGAAGCUAUUGCCUGAAUAUGAAGGACGCUUAAUAUAUUUAUCAGGUCCAUUGAAGAUAUCAGAACCUUUAACAGAACCAGAUUAUGGAGUCAUUGUAUCUAGUAUUAAACUGAAACGAAGAGUUCAAAUGUAUCAGUGGGUUGAGAUAGAAGAAGAGCGAAGCUUUGGUGGGGUAACAGAGGAAGAAAAACAUUAUUAUUAUACAACAGAAUGGAAGGACAAACUUGUUGAUUCUGAUCAAUUUUAUAUUAGAACUGGUCAUGAGAAUCCAAAAGAAAUGCCUAUUAAAAGUCAAAUACAAAUUGCAGAUGAAGCUCAAAUUGGAGUGUUUACUCUUGGGACUGAAUUGAAAAAAAAAUUUAACGACUUUAUUGAGGUUACCAGUGAUGAAAGACCAGAGCGUAAAGAUAUUAAAAUGCAUUCUGGUUUAUACUAUCAUAGUUCUGAUUUAUGGAACUCCCAGGUAGGAGACAUACGUAUACAGUUUUCCUAUGCAGGAAAAGGGGGAGAUGUUUACUCUAUUGUUGGGAUGUUACUAAAAGGAACUAUUGUACCAUAUAUUACAUCUCAUGGUGAAGAGAUUUUACUUCAAAGAAAGCACAAAGUGUCAGUAGAUCAAAUGUUUCAUUUAGAACAUGUGCACAACUACUGGCGCACAUGGAGUAUCAGAGGUCUUGGUUGGUUAGUAUUAUUUUUAGCGGCGACAUGUUUAGCAAAUAUACUAAGAACAGUAAUUUUGAACUCGACAUUCUUAUGCGGAAUUAUUGCAAUUGAAUCUUUAACAAUGUCAGUAUCUAUGUCUAUUAGUCUGUUAGUGAUUGGUUUUGCUUGGGUAUGGUAUCGACCGGUAAUAGGCCUUUGUCUAGCAUUGGCAUCAAUUUUACCAUUCAUCUAUUCAACAUUAACAUCAGCAUCUCAAUCACAACAACGUGAUACGUAUAGAAGACUAUGAAUUUACAUUAAGAAACUACAGUUUAUUUAUGUACAUAUAAUAAUUUGUAAAAAGUUUUCCAUCAUA